AUGAUAAUACCAACAUAAGACUUGCCUUUUAAUUCUUUAUAGUAGGUAUAAGUUUCAAAUAAUUGUAAGGCAGUACAAAGAGAUAUCAACCAAGAUGUUUUUGAUUUAGUAUACUGGGUUCAAUAAGAAAUAUUAAGUCCUGAAUUGUUGCCAUAUUUUGAUGUUUCUAAAAUACAAGAUGCAUUAAAAGGAUAAUUGGAAUCAAUACAAGAUUUAAAGAAAGAUUUGUCUAAACAUAACAAAUAACGAGAUACUCAAUAUUUGACAUUGCAUGUAAUUGAAUUAGAGAGAAUAUAAUAUUUUUAUCAACAAUAUUUGCGAACAAGAAUGUUAAAGUUGAUUUCGAAUGCAUUCUAUUACUAUAAUAAUAUUGGAGAAUAUUAAAUAAGUUUGAAAGAGAAAGAAUUCUUGAAAGCUUUGGUUGAAAAGUAAACUGACUAUUUAUUGACAAAUUGUUUAUAAUAUUAUCAGAAAACUUAGAGAAAUUUUGGAGUGAGAUUGGAUAAUCAAAAUUAAUCAUAAUAAAGUUAAUAGGAUGAUAAAAUCAGUAAAAUCAAGUUCGAUGUUAUAUAGAUGUGUAAAAGCCAGAUGUAAAUUAAUAUGUAGUAAUUCAUGUAAAUACAUCAAGAACUAUACAUGUUGGGUCUAUGUAAUUGAUUAAUUAUAUUUAAAAGAGCAUUGAGUGAAAAUGACUGUGCCUUAGUUUCAUAUGACGACAUAAAGUAGUUAUCUUACGUAUUCUUAGAUUCAUGGUACCAAUUAAGAGUGUGAC